UGGCUGUGCUCUGGCAGUUAAAGUUAGCGAGCCAAGGUUUCACACAUGCACACACACACUCCGAACACAGCACAGAGAGAGAGAGAGAGAGACCAACCAGCAGACCCUGUGUGAGGAACAGUGAGUUGGAAGGAACAGCAGCAAUCCCCCGGCUCUCCCGACCUGGCAUCUCUCCCCCUCGAGCCACAGAGCGGGCUGAUACAACAACCAACAUUUAUUUGUGUUUGUUUAAACAAGCUGAGAGGCGUGAGGGGGCAAGUUGAAGAGAGAAUGUCCAGAGAUCGCCGGUGAAAACAAAACAAAAAAACCCAUCGGGGGUGCGGGGAGGAGGGGGGGACAGAAGGUGUUAACAGACUGAGUCAAUGAGGCACGGAGCGGCUCGGUCUGACUGCCAGAGAUUGCUGUUCCUGGAGCCGCUGACAAGUUUCCAGCCCGCGGGAUUCACGUUGGAUUUACAAAUGACUUAAAACAUUUUCUCGACUCCUCGUCGUUUUGAUUUGUUGAAUCGGCUGGAGGGGGAAAUCGUUGAAUGUUGGUGGGUUCCUGACUGAAUCGGACCAGCAACUCAGGAGCAUCGUUCUACCAGAGCACUUGGCGCCAGCACUCGUCAGUGGAAUCGUGGUGCCCAUGCCUGUGAAGCACACACACAGAUGAUGUCUGAAGCUGGACGGGGCAGUAGGAGUCGGAUUGGCAGCCAUUCUGGAGGAAUGAUCACCCUGUGGUACGCACUUUACCUCUGUUUAGUCACUGUCACCAGCAUCCAAGCUGCCAGGCUCCGCAUUUCAGAAGCUGCAGAAAAACCCACCCGACGUCCUCCCUCAGGCACAGAUUCCUUGGGAAGCCAACACAACAUUCCGAAAGAGUCUGUUUUCAGCAAUGGGGACACACUGGAUCUGACUUGCAAUUCCCAAGGCUCCUCAGUAGCUACAGUGUGGUUAAAAGAUGGACUUCGAAUUCUGCCCAACAACAGAACCCAAGUCGGACAGAGAGUGCUGAAAGUCAUCAAUAUUUCGUAUGAUGACUCUGGAGUUUAUUCCUGCAAACUCUGGGGCACCAAUGAGAUCCUGAGAAAUUUCACAAUAAAAGUCACAGAUUCUUUGUCUUCGGGUGAUGAUGAAGAUGAUGAUGACGGAUCUGAAGAUGCAGGAGCUCCGUACUGGGCCCGGCCAGACAGGAUGGAGAAAAGACUUCAUGCAGUGCCAGCGGCUAACACCGUUCGCUUCCGGUGCCCUGCUGCAGGAAAUCCCACUCCCACCAUCCACUGGCUGAAGAACGGCAAAGAAUUCAAGGGCGAACACCGCAUCGGGGGCAUUAAGUUACGACACCAGCAGUGGAGUCUGGUCAUGGAGAGUGUUGUUCCCUCAGACCGAGGCAAUUACACAUGCGUCGUCGAGAACAAAUAUGGCAGCAUUAGCCACACCUACCAGCUGGAUGUACUCGAAAGGUCUCCACAUCGGCCUAUUCUCCAGGCAGGACUGCCUGCAAACCAGUCAGUGGUCGUGGGUAGUGAUGUUGAAUUCCACUGCAAGGUCUUCAGUGACGCACAGCCACAUAUCCAGUGGCUAAAACACGUGGAGGUGAAUGGCAGCAAACAGGGCCCGGAUGGAGCUCCAUAUGUCGUGGUACUGAAGUCGUGGAUAAGUAGAACCGCUGAAGCGGACGCUAAACUCAUUCUUUACAAUGUGACAGAACAGGAUGAGGGCGAGUAUCUGUGUAGAGCCACCAAUUUCGUUGGCACGGCUGAAAAACUGCACUGGCUGUACGUCAACGAACCGAAACCAGCCGAAGACUUAGUGAAGGAGGAUGACUCAAGCUCAGUCUAUGCUGACGUCCUCAUCUAUGUGACGGGCUGUGUCCUUAUCAUACUGACUGUCAUUAUAGUGAUCAUGUGCAGAAUGAGAACAUCCUCAAAGAAAACUCUGAACCCACCGCCAGUGCAGAAACUCUCCAAGUUCCCGCUGAAGAGACAGCAGGUGUCCUUGGAAUCGAACUCCUCCAUGAACUCCAACACGCCGUUGGUGCGGAUUGCCCGUCUCUCUUCCAGUGAUUCCCCGAUGCUGGCAAAUGUCUCUGAGUUGGAACUUCCCGCUGAUCCCAAGUGGGAAUUCCAACGUCCAAGGCUGACUUUGGGAAAGCCGUUAGGUGAGGGCUGUUUCGGUCAGGUUGUUAUGGCGGAGGCCAUCGGGAUUGAGAAAGACAAGGUCAACAAACCAAUCACUGUCGCUGUCAAGAUGCUGAAAGACGAUGCCACUGACAAAGACCUCUCUGACCUGGUGUCAGAAAUGGAAAUGAUGAAGAUGAUUGGAAAACAUAAAAAUAUUAUCAAUUUGCUUGGAGCCUGCACACAGGAUGGUCCACUCUAUGUCAUCGUGGAGUAUGCAUCGAAAGGCAACUUGAGGGAAUACCUGAAAGCCCGACGACCGCCUGGCAUGGAUUAUUCUUUCGACACUUGCAAAGUGCCAGAUGAGCAGCUGACCUUCAAGGAUCUCAUAUCGUGUGCCUACCAGGUGGCACGCGGCAUGGAAUACCUGGCUUCUCAAAAGUGUAUUCACCGGGAUCUGGCAGCCAGGAAUGUACUGGUGACAGACGAUAAUGUGAUGAAGAUUGCCGACUUUGGUCUGGCCAGAGACGUGCACAACAUCGACUACUACAAGAAAACAACAAAUGGGAGGCUGCCUGUAAAGUGGAUGGCACCUGAAGCUCUCUUCGACAGAGUCUACACCCACCAGAGUGAUGUCUGGUCGUAUGGAGUCCUGUUGUGGGAGAUCUUUACACUGGGAGGAUCUCCUUAUCCCGGAAUCCCAGUGGAGGAGCUCUUCAAACUGCUGAAAGAAGGCCAUCGAAUGGACAAGCCAGCAAAUUGUACCCAUGAGCUGUAUAUGAUAAUGAGGGAAUGCUGGCACGCUAUCCCAUCACAAAGACCAACGUUCAAACAGUUAGUCGAAGAUCUUGACAGGGUUCUAACAGUGACAUCAACUGAGGAGUACCUUGACCUGUCAGCACCUUUCGAGCAGUAUUCACCAGCAUGCCAGGAUACUCACAGUACAUGUUCCUCUGGAGAUGACUCUGUUUUUGCCCAUGAUGCUUUGCCUGACGAACCUUGUCUUCCCAAGCACCAGCAGUGCAAUGGUGUCAUCAAGACAUGAGACUGAUUUGGGACAAAAAGAAACAGGACUAUAGGAUGCUGAAUCACGGACAAUUCAUACUGAAGGAAAUACACUGAACCAUCUGGGACUCCUGUCCCCACUUCCCAUCAUUUUUGAGCCUUACAUCUUCAAAUGCUGGAUACAUCUAAAACAAAAAGUACUGCUCAGCAUGAAGAAACCAUUUUACUUUUGGAAAACAGAAAUGAAAUAUUUUGCAAAAAAAAACCCAGAGUUGAUAAAUCUUGACCUCUGGCAUUAUGACUGCUAAUGGAACCAUUCUGUGCCUACGUUGAAAAGUGCGUGCUAAAGAAAGGAAAGUGAAACAAAAGACAAUUAUUUUUCUUUACAAAAGAGCAUUUAAAUACUUUUUAUUUGAGUGAAGCUGCAGAUUCCAGAAGAGUUGUAAAUAUAUAAAUAUGAAUAUUGUAUGAUAAUGUUUUUAAAAAAACAGUUGUAUACAUAUGAUUUGCUUGUUUAGAAAAAUCACAAAUUUCAACAUGACUACAACUAUGAGGAAGCAAAUCCUAAAAUCAUUGCAGUCUAGGAUAUUCAGUAUUAAUCUGGAAAUUAUUAAAGAAACACAUUGUGUAGUGAGCAAGGGGUAAAAUAGUUCAAAAACCUGAUUAGCACAUUGUAUAUUUGUAAAGUUGUUUAUAGACUUUAACAUAUCAUUUUGGUUAAGAGAUUUAAGAGUAUAUAGCUUAUUUACUAAUUACUGUACACAUCUAUAGUUAUCUAGGUUCUUAAUUUUUGUUUUUACGUGUUUAUAAUUCUUAAUUUAUUACCCGUUUAAAAUUGGUUAGACACAGAAGUAGAUUAUGGUUCAUGAGGAAAAACCAAUAGAAUCAAGUUUUCAGAUGUCAUGUAAAAUGAGCAUUAUCAGUUUUUAUUUUAGAUUGCAAUGAUUUUUUUUCUAUUAGUUAGAAAUUUGAUCCUAGAAAUGUACUGACUUUUCAUAGCAAAUGAAGGCUUGUCCUUUGUGGCUGAUCUUUGAUUAAGACAGAACAGAGUUGGAGUGUUGGCUGUGAAAUGCAGCCGUGUGGUGUGGAUUUGGUGCUUUCCCGGCAGCUACCCUGACACUGUUGGCCCCGUGAAAGAAAGCUGGCAUUGCCACCCCAGGACAGUCACAAAUGUGUGUGAAGUGCUCACCCUCAAUGUCCAUUUGAGCUGAAGCACGGCGAUAGAUUUUGGUCUGCUAGAGCUGGAACUGUGUCUGGAGAGAACAUUUUCAAGACUUAUCACAAGUAGGGUCAGGACCUAGUGUCCGUUGUGUGGCUGGGGCAAUAUGAAAUCACUAACCAAGCACAGCACACAAAAAGAGUGCAUUGCGCGACAUUAAAACCGAAUGAUGUAUAUGUGAUUUACAUUUCUUUUCCCCACACCACCCCAACCUGUCUUGGCCCCCAUCGGGUAAUGGUGCCAAAAUAUGAUAAGUGACAGCACUGAAUGUGCAAGUGUAUAGAAGCGUUGUGCUGGCACUUUGCAUUAUUGUAACGAGAGGGUGCAAUGAUCGUGAAUGUCCAUAGCAUGAGAAAACAAAUUUCCAGUCAAUCAAUCUCUGAUGUCAGUCAUAUUUCGGUGACUUGUGAGUCACUCCCUUCUCUUUAUGCAGAUCGUGCCACAAGCACAACUUACGUGGUGCAAUUUAAAUACAACGUGCAAUUUUGCAGAGAAUUCAUUUGAGGUAAACUUUUUUUUAAAUAAAAAAGAAAAAUGACUAGAACAGAUGGCUAAAUAGGUAACUGGCAGUCACCUGAAUAAUAGACUGAGAAAACAUCUAACCCAGAAUAAAGUUCUCUUUGAUUUGAAGUAAGAUUCUGCAGAUGAAAAAUAUCGAAGAUUUUGGUGGGAAUCCUAUUAAAAUCAAUUAAAAUUCAAUUUGCCUCCUUUAACUUUUAUUAGGGCCGUGAAGCUCUUACUUGGUAGAACAACUGAUUUACUAGAUUGAUCUUAUCUGUUAACUCUUUGAUACAAAGGUAGGAGUUCUAUAGCUGUGUAAUUUUUGUAAAAUGAAAAGACACUUUGUUAUUUUCUUACCAAUCCCUGUUGUUGUACAUUCCAGGUACCUAAUGGAUAAAAAAAAACUUUUCCAAUAUUUGAAAUUUGUGCAUGAUUUACAAAAAAGAACUUAGAUAUAUAUCUAAUUUAUUGAGUUUUUUUUUUACAAAAUAUAUGUAUUGUAGCUUUGACUGAACUUAACAUUUGAUAUCCAGUUCCCAUUAUGUAGAUGUAAUAGUAUCAAGCAUUACUGGCAAUAGAUGAGAUCCCUGAUUUGUUUUGUGGUUAAUUUGAACCACUGCCUAUAAUUCAUACAUUCACACUCUUAGUAGACAGAGGUAAGCUCAAAUAAAACUGUAAAAUAUAUGUUCAAACCUAUUUGCCUGCCUGAAGCCUGUAAAAGGUCACAAAUGGUCAUGUUGGAGUUUAAAAAGAAACUAGCACUGAACAAUAUCUGUCUGCCUUUAUGAAACUUUGUUAUUAACAUGGAACUGUUCCAUUCCACAAAAAUAAAAGGAUAUUGUUUUAAAAUGCAA